UGACGUAACACUUGCGCAAGGACCUUCGCUGCGGCUCUGCAGACCUUCUCUUCGCCGCCGUCCCAGGUGCUGGGUGUUGUCGCGUAGCGGCAAGUUCCGCAAUCAGGGUUCCGGCCCGCGAGCGCCUGGCAGCCGUCCGCUUUUUUCACCGGAGCCAUGGCCGCAGCCGGCGGGCCAGAAGCUACUGGACGCUCUCUCCUUCUCAGCCUCCUCUUGCUUCUGCUGAUCACUGGCCCUGCCCUCGCCUGGAACGACCCUGACAGAAUAUUAUUGCGGGAUGUAAAAGCUCUUACCCUCCACCACGACCGCUAUACCACUUCCCGUAGGCUGGAUCCGAUCCCACAGUUGAAAUGUGUUGGAGGCACAGCUGGAUGUGAUUCUUAUACCCCAAAAGUCAUACAAUGUCAGAACAAAGGUUGGGAUGGUUAUGAUGUACAGUGGGAAUGUAAGACUGAUUUAGAUAUUGCGUAUAAAUUUGGAAAAACUGUAGUGAGCUGUGAAGGCUAUGAAUCCUCUGAAGACCAAUAUGUACUAAGAGGUUCCUGUGGCUUAGAGUAUAAUUUAGAUUACACAGAACUUGGCCUGAAGAAACUGAGAGAGUCUGGAAAAAACUAUGGCUUUCACUCUUUCUCUGAUUAUUAUAACAAGCUGUAUUCCUCAGAUUCCUGUGGCAUCAGUGGAUUGAUUACCGUCAUAGUACUACUUGCUAUUGCUUUUGGAGUUUAUAAAUUGUUCCUUAGUGAUGGUCAAGAUUCUCCUCCCCCAUAUUCUGAGUAUCCUCCGUAUUCCCAUCGUUACCAGAGAUUCAGCAACUCUGCAGGACCCCCUCCCGCAGGCUUUAAGUCUGACUUCACAGGACCACCUGGUGCAACUUCUGGUUUUGGCAGUGCUUUCACAGGACAACAAGGAUAUGACAAUUCAGGACCUGGGUUCUGGACUGGCUUGGGAACUGGAGGAAUACUAGGAUAUUUGUUUGGCAGCAAUCGAGCAGCCACACCCUUUUCUGACUCGUGGUAUUACCCAUCUCCUCCUCCUUCGUCCUCCAGCAUGUGGAAUAGCCGUGCCUACUCGCCACUUCGUGGAGCCUCGGGUAGCUAUUCGGCAUAUGCAAGCUCAGAGACGAGAACCAGAACAGCAUCAGGAUAUGGUGGUACCAGAAGACGAUAAGAAAGUAAAAAGUUGAAGUCAAACGUUGGAUGCAAAAUUUCUGACUUUUCAUCAGUUUCUUAAAAAAAAAAAAGUGCUACCUGCUAACAACUGGGGAAAGGGGAAUAUGCAAAAGUUCUGUAGUUUUUUUUGUCCUGUAUUGCUUUUUGUGUUCUGUUACUUGAUAUAUGAGAAAAUGCUUAUGUAGAGAACUGUAUGCUAGUGUAAUAUGCAGUUGUGUUUUAUGGUUUCUGAGAGUGAUGAUUACCAUGGAAAGCCGAAAAUGUAUUUAGUUUCUAAAACCUGUGAUGCCAUUAAGACUGAGGCUUUCUUACCAUUAGAUCCUGCAUACAUAAAACGUCAAUCUUAAGUGGUUUUAGUAUAUGCGUCAUUACUUUAUACAAACGAUAAUAAUCUAUUUGAUAUUUACUGUUUGGUGUUUGCUCUGAUAACAUUUAAACCAAGCUUUGGACUACCAAUUAUACUUAUCUGUGUUCUGAUCACUUUUGAGCUUGGGAGCUUUGAACCCUUCAGUGGUGGUGGGGUUCUAAUAAGUGAGAAUGACCUUUUUUGGGAAAAGGUAGAAAAUGAGUAUCUAGAAAGUUGUUGUGAAUGAUGUUGUGCUGACAAAAAUGCUUGAAACCUCCAUAUUCAUUUCUUGGGAAGUAAAGUUUAAAUGUUUCAGCAAAGGUCUUUUAAUAGCAGAAGCAUGCUGUUCUCUGUGAAUCUCCAAUAUUGUAGCAGUCUGUUUCAGUCUUACAUUAAAAUGACAGGAAAAGUAAAAACAAAGGGUUUAAUUCUUAUUCUUUCUACCAGCCUUGACACAAAUUGGUAUUAACUUUUUUUUUUAUCCUUCUUCCCGAAGGAAAAGGGGUCUCCCUAAUUUCCCCUGGGAGUCUUGCCUUAGCUUCCAGUCAAUUCAAAAAAGGAAUUCAGACAUGGUGUGGAAGGAGGCCUCUGCUAAAAAAAUGACUUAAAAAAAAAAAAAAAAGAAAUCACCAAGUCUCUCAACUCUCAAAGAUUGCACCAUUUGUCUCAGUUAAACUCUGCAACCUGAGAGUCCCAUUUUUACCUCUUAGGAAUCAUUUAAAAACAAACCUGUAUUUAUUGUUUAUAAUGUGAUUUAGUGGCCAGUUGAAAGAGUAUUGUGAACAGAACUGCCCUCAUCAGUAAAACUUGGUAGAAAUCUUAAUUUAUGUCACACAAGAAACAGUUUUUAUUUAAGUAUAUUGCGCUAAAUCCUUACCCCAUUUCCUCUCAGUAAAGGGAGAUGGAAUAAAAGAAAAUCCAUCUUAUUGCCUUUUUCCCCAGUUGCUAAGUGUUUUGGGUUUUAAUUUACCUUUUGCUACAGGGGUCUAUAAUCUUGAAUCCAGGUAUGUUUUACUUGGAGAGCAAAGUAAAAAGAAAGUUGUUAAUUUAAAACUGCUGUGGAUUGUCCCAGUGAUAGUGAUCUGCAUAUUAAAUUUCCUUUUUUUUAACAAAGUGAUUUAAAAACAAUUUUUUUAAUGUUUAUUUUUGAGAGAGAGAGAGAGACAGGAUGCAAGCAGGGGAGGGGCAGAGAGAGAGGGAGACACAGAAUCCGAAGCAGGCUCUAGGUGCUGAGCAAUUCCCGUGAGAUCGCGACCCAAGUUAAAGUUGGACGCUGAUUGAGCCACCCACGCGCCGUGAUUUUUUUUUUUUUAAUUGAAAUACAGUUGCCACACAAUGUUAUGUUAGUUUCAGGCCCAAUUUCAAUUUUUGGAUACAUUAUUUCAGGUCAUUGGAAUUUUAAGAAAAUGAUGAGUGAAUAUAGAGUUGACUAAAUUGGUGACUUUAGAUUACUCUCAGCACGAGGGAUGUUCUUUUUAUUAUUAUUAUUUAAAAAAAGUCCUUUUUAAGUUUAUUUUGAGAGAGCAGAGGAGGGGCAGAGAGGGAGAGAGAAUCUCAGGCAGGCUCGUGCUGUCAGCGCGGAGCCCGAUGCAAGGUUGAACUCAUGAACCGUGAGAUCAUGACCUGAGCUAAAAUCAAGAGUCAGACACUUAACCAACUGAGCCACCCAGGCGCCCCACGAGGGGUGGUUUUCUUUGAGGCUCUUUCAAAGACUGCUUGGAGGGAAAGAGGGGAAAGAAACUGGGCAUAUAGGGCUCAAGAUCCUCAGCCCCCAACCCCCACUAGGGUGCUUCUCCUUUAUUGUUGUAUGUUUACACAUCUUUGUUAUUUGUGGAAAAGAUUCUGAGGUAUCGCCACCAAAUCUAAGACAGAAUAAAAGACAGUACAACUAACUGGGUCUCUUUAGUGUGUUGAUGGCCCACAGUAGGGGAUGGCACCAAGGGAAAGAAAGGUACUGAAGUUGGGAGCUUGGUGGACCUGCUUGGGUGGGCAUGAAAAGGAGAAAGGAGAGGUGAAAGGGGGCUUUACAGUUUUCCUCACAUGAGGGUUCAGCAGAACUUCAGAUGUUAGGAUAGGAUUUCUGGUAUUUUAACCAGUUAGGUGUGUUUCUGUAGUUUCAUGAAUGCUUCUCUCUGAAACUCCUGAUCUUUUAGAUUCUGACCCCUAUCCUCCAAGACUGGGUUAAACUUAUCUACUGUUCUUCCAUAAUACAUUGUAUAUACACUUUUACCAUUGAUUUUAGUACAUUUCAUUGUAAUGAUCUCAAGUGUAGAUCUUUCUACUACUCUGAGCUCUUUAGGAAAGAGGGCCAAAAAUUACUUCUUCCUGCCCCUUGCAGCUAGGGCAUGGUCAUGUGACUAAAUUCUGUCAAUAUUUCUGUCCUAUGUUCCCUCCAGGUCUUUGGAGAGAAUGGCACAAAGACCUCAGGACAAUUAAGAGCCUAUUCCCAGCAGUGAUAGGGUAGUUCAAGAUUUCAUGGAGGUAUUGGUGAGUGUCUGGUGGUACUUCCCAGGGACCCUAUUAACUGGAUGAUUGCUGUGGUAUGUCUUGGCUGGUUUGUGUGCUGCCUGGAUGCCCAUGUCUGAAAACCUGCCUCUUCCUAAGCCUGGUUUUCCAGCCUUCCCAUGGGUUUUUUGAGCUAUUUAAUAUAAAUGCUAAUAAGUUCCUUUUCUGCCCAAUUUAGUAGAGUCAUUUUCUGUUUGCUACUAAGGACCUUGUGUGUAUGUAUGGUGAAUCUCCUAAGAUUCUUUAACUGUAAGCAACAGAUACUGGCUAAUUGUAAUAAAACAUUGUGGUUGACUCCCAA